AUGCCCGCGGGCCCGGCCGCCGGGGGCCAGCGCUGGGUCAUGCGGCUCACCUACGUGCUCACCACCCUGGAGCUCACCACGCUCUUCAUGCAGUUCUCCGUCCUGCCAUGCAGCCUCUGCUCCCAGGAGCCCCUUCCCCCGUGUCUCAUCAACUGUCUGGAACAAAGAGACUCGAGGGCCCGCAGGGCAGCCUGCCCACCGGGCAGCUCCCGGGCACUAGCACGGAGCGCCGGGCAGGAUGCAGCCUCGGGGAUUCUUUGUCCCACCAUGGUGGCCCUGGUGGCUAACCUCCUGGGAGCCGUGCUCAGCCUGGCCUGCAUUCCCAGCACCACCAAGAAGGCCCAGGCCCCGCCUCCAGGUGGAGCCAAGGCCAGCGUGUUUGACCUGAAGGCCAUCACCCGCCUGCUGCUGCUGCCGGGCGUGCUGCCCGUGUUCCUCAUCAAGGUCAUCUCCGGCUUCCCCUCAGGACUCUUCAUGAUCAUGUUCUCCAUCAUCUCCAUGGACUUCUUCCAGCUGGAGGCCGCACAGACCGGCUACCUCAUGUCUUUCUUUGGGGUCCUCCAGAUGGUGGUCCAGGGUCUGAUCAUCGGGCGGCUGAGCCGCCGCUUCUCGGAGGAGAACUUGCUGCGGGCCAGCGUGCUGGUCUUCACCGUGGUGGGGCUGGGCAUGGUCCUGAUGUCCAGCGUCUUCCACUUCUGCCUUCUGGUGCCCGGCCUGGUGUUCAGCCUGUGCACGCUCAAUGUGGUGACGGACAGCAUGCUGACCAACUCCGUCUCCUCCGCAGACACAGGGACCAUGCUGGGCCUCAGCGCCUCUGUGCAGCCGCUCACCCGCACGGUGGGGCCCACCUUGGGUGGCCUCCUGUACCGCAGCUACGGGGUCCCUGUCUUCGGCCACGUGCAGUUCGCGGUCAACGCCCUCAUUCUCCUGGUGCUCUGGAGGACGCCGGUGUCCCAGAGCAGGGACAAAGCCCACUAACCCCUGCCCCAAGGACAAUAAACUCUCUGGGACUUUU